UUCGUCUCCGGGUUUGAUUCACUCAGCUAAGGCCAGUCUCAACUAUUGGCAGCGGGAAUACUUGUGUGCUCAGGGCUCAUUGAGUGGUUGCAUUGCUACUGUCUCGACUAUUAUUUUUUUACUCAUACUUUCCAUAUGCUGACUUUUACAUCACCCCCGAAUUCAUAGCAAUCUUGUCGGGUAAGUUGAUAGAUUUUUACUUUAAAUUGGCUAAUUAACUAAUUGUAAAGUUAUCAGUGAUGUUAUCUUCAGGUAUUUCAAACCCAUCGAUAAGUGCCAUACAUACAUACAUACAUACAUACACACACACACACCUAUAUAUAUAUAUAUAUAUUAUGUAAGUUGAAUUGAAUGCAUUGAAGCAAGCAGCCCAAGUUGAACGUUAUAUUUUUUAGCCCAGGCAGUCUGGUUUAUUUAAAGUCAGAAUGAAACUAGUGUAUCCCUGCGCAACGGCCACUGCAUCGACUGUGUGAUCACACAUUGCUACAUUGUAUCCGCUUUUUAUCACCGCAUUGUUCCGUUGUAUUAAUUUUUUCAACAUUGUUACACACGCAUUGUUACACAAGCACGCACCCAGAACUCACAAAACACACAGUCAACGCUGUUGUUCUAAUUAUAUACUAUUUAUUCUACAGCGUGACCAAGUCACUAACGAUACCCACCUUAUAUUUUAACGUUACCCACCUUAUAUUUGUAAAUACAGUCCAUUAUUACUAUGCAUAAUACCUAUUACAUUACUUGUUUUGUUUUUUUUACUUUUAUUGUUAUUAUUGAUUAAUGUACUGCAUUGUUGAUGAAGCUAGCACAUAAGCAUUUCGCUGCACCUUAUAUACCUGCUGUAAACUGUAUGUGACGAAUACAAUUUCAUUUCAUUGUAAUUGCCAUUACUGUGGCCCCUAAAAGCCAAAUGGAACUGUACAUCUCAUUUUGCAUUUUAGUGGGGCUCAACUAGACUACUGUGACGGUUUGCUGUAUUGCUAUGAGACAUUUAUCACAGUCUGCUUGGUUGAACAUUUUGGGCAUAAAUUGAAGAUUGAUUAAUUGAUUAGCUAAUUGAUAAGAGCAGAUCUAUGUUGGAUGAAGAUUGGAUUUGGAUUAUGAGCUACUUUCAUUGGUGUCAACAUUGGUUGUUAUUGCUGAGGGGUGUCCUCAAGCACAGUUAAAUAAGAGGGGGUUCUCAACUCAACCCAAUACUUCAUGAUGCAGCCCACACCCCCUCCAUGCACCACAGUCUUUGCAUGUUAAUCACAUCAACUAUUGUGGCUUUUUGUUGAUGUAGGACAUCACUCACAUGUCUAUUUUUUGUGAUGUCCAAUGUUAUGUGAGCUACUGGGAACUGGGAGGAUUGGGUGCACCCACCCACCCGCCACCCACCCGCUCAAAUGGCUGCCGUUAGCCUAGCGUUGCAAUGGGGUCCCUCUCUCUUCAUCUCUCCAUUCCUCUAAAGCAGCUAGCAGCCUCACUACGUGCAGCUGAGCAUUCAGCGGAUGACAGCCAACUGCACUACAUAGCUACAUGCACAUCUAGAAGAAUACCCAACCCUUGUUCAUUGACUACUGUUUAUAUGUGUUUUCCACAAUUUUGAGGCUUUAAUGGUUCAUGACUUGGACUAAAACCAUCUGAGGGAACCAUUGCAGUAGUAGGACUCUAGAGAUAUUUAGUGAGAUGUCAGUGUUGAAAGAGUAUGCAGCCAUCAGAAGCUAUUGAGCUGUAAUUGUGAUAAGAAGUGGACUGGCUAAUGGGCAGUUCGGGCAAAUGCCAGAUGGGCUGGUACAUAUUUAGCCCACUGGGCCUGUCUAUAUUUGAGUUUGUGCACAGAAUUAUCUUUAUUUAGGGGGUGGGGGGAUGGGGGAAUAAAUAGACUAGUGCAUGUUAGUAUUGCCUGACCCGAUUUCUGGGCUGAUUAAUGGUGCAUCCUUCUUGUGGCCUCGUUCCUUUCCACCCUCCGUCUGAUCUAAUGGCCCAUAGGGCUCUGGUCAAAGGUACUGCACUAUAUAGGGAAUAGGGUUCCAUUAGGGACAAAGAUGGUGUUUGGUGGUGCAUCUUCCCUGUGGCCUCCAUUCCUCCCUCAGGCUGAUCUAACGGACAUCAGGGUGAUGAUGAUGGAGAGGAACAGGCACGACAGUGAGCAGACCUGCUGCAGCACCUUUGAGUACCACGACCUGGAGGCCGCCGAGGCGCUCGUCAGCAUGAGCUCCUGGGGUCAAAGGUCAGCAAACCCCAAGUCACGCCCCCUGACCCCUACCUCUGACUCCUGCGACUCUCUCCUCCUGCACCCUGAGAGCAUGGAGUCCCCCAAGGACCUGAUCGCACUCUCAUCACUGUGCAUGACCCCCCCUCAGAGCCCCAUCUUGGCCGAGACCACCUCCACCACAGCUGUCCUCACCACCACCACCUCAUUGGCCAGCUCCAGCUCAGGCCCCAGACCAGUCUUAACCCGGCCAAGACUCUGUGCAGGUCUGCCCCACAGGAAUGCCCCUCUCUUGGGCCAACAACCUGGCACGGCCCCCCUCUUAGAGAGCUCUGGAGCUCAAGAGCUACCCAGCAGAGCCAUGGUGACCAGCGUUAUCCGGCACACUGCUGACAGGGCCCUCUCACAGCACAGCAUCAACAUUCCACCUCAGUCCCUCAUAGGGAUACAGCACACCACCUCCAACAGAAACCCUACAGCAGCCUCUUUGGCCGAGACCGUUCCCAUGCAGACUGAACCACAAAGCUGCAGCACUGGUCCGUGUGUUAAGGUAGAGAAGGACGUUAGUCCAUCCUCACCUAACAGCAGCACAGGCCCCUCCAGUCCUCUCACCCUAAGGUCCCCAUCCCAGACCACAGCCACCUCCAGGUCUUCGCCCCCCAUCCCAAGCUCCCAGGUCCUCUGCCAGGUGUUUCCAGUCAACGGGCGGACAGGGAUGAUCUCUGCGUUUGUCCACCAGGGCCCGGUCCAAAUGCAGACCCAGGGGGGGCCCAAGCCCAUACUAGCCCAGUCACCAUCCUCCUUCCCCCAGCCGCUGCAGCUGGUGGGCUCCUCAGUGACUCGGGGGACGGUGAUGUUUGUGGUUCCCCAGUCACCUGUGUCCCAGGCCUCGUUGUGCCAACAGACUGUCAUGACCCUCGGGAACACCAAGCUCCUGCCCCUGGCCCCAGCUCCAGUUUACAUGCCCUCAGGGCAGAGUAGCAAUGCCACACAAGCCGACAUCUCCCGCAGACGGAACUACGUCUGUAAUUUCCCGGGCUGUAAGAAGACCUACUUCAAAAGUUCCCACCUCAAGGCCCAUCUCAGAACUCACACUGGUGAGAAACCAUUCAGUUGCCACUGGGAGGGCUGUGACAAGAAGUUUGCCCGCUCCGACGAGCUCUCCCGCCACCGGCGAACACACACCGGCGAGAAGAAGUUUGUGUGUAACAUGUGUGAUCGGCGCUUCAUGCGCAGCGACCACUUGACCAAGCAUGCUCGCCGACACAUGACCACCAAGAGGACCUCCACGUGGCCGGCUGAAGUCAACAAGAUGGCGGCAUCUAAGGGUCCGUUGAGUGGCUCCAGCAGUCCUCUCAGUGUGCUGGUUCCUUCCCCCAACUAGCUGGGUCUCAGGCCGUACGGUCAUCUCAGGACAAUAUCCCACCACCAACCACACAAGACCAGGGGUUUAAAUGAAACAAAAACAAUAGGCUGCUACUCAUUCAUUGACAGAUACAAACUGACCUUGCACUGGAUUUUUUUUAUUAUGCUUGUUUUGUACUUUCAAUGUGUAAUAUGUAUACAGUAUGUAAUGUUUAGCAAAAUGUAUGCACUCUUUUUGCCAAAGCCUUUGCAUCGCGCUUCUCUCUUACUAUGUCUCUGUGAUUAUAAAUAUGUAUAUAUGAAUAUCUAUAUAUGAAUGUUAUGUGUAUUCCAAUCUGCAUUUAUUGAAUAUAUGUUAUUGAUAUUUUAAAAUGUUCAGUGGACAUUAUUCCUCACUGUGAUACUACCUACUUUCUUGCUUUGCAUAUUUAUUAAUAAAUAUUUGUUUUAAAAAGUGUUGAUUUUGAUAGCUUGAUUGUUUUUUAUUACAGAUACAGUAUAUUAUUACUUAAUAAAUACUCAACUUUAUAUAGCAUCACCAUACUAAUAAUUGGGUAAUCAAUUUAUGAAUAAAUUCUAUAGAUAUGCCAUGGUCACAUUUUUUGAAAAGUGCUGUACCAAUGUGUAGUUUUACUAGCAUUCAAUGUAGGCAAUGGUAAUUGUCCCAUUGUUUUUUCCCCAUAAUAAAAUACACUACUAAA